UCCAUUUUCACUUAAAAAUUAACCAAUAUCAUGAGUUUGUGUACUAAAAUUUCACUUGCCCUUAUUUGUCUUGGUUGCUUAGUCCAACUUCACACUUCUCAUGCCCAAAACUCACAACAGGACUAUCUAAAUGCUCACAAUGUGGCUCGUGCACAAGUUGGUGUCCCAAAUAUUACUUGGGACAGCACAGUCGCAACCUAUGCUCAAAACUAUGCCAAUUCAAGGAUUGGAGACUGCAAUCUUGUGCACUCAAAUGGGAGUUAUGGUGAGAACCUUGCUAAAGGCAGUGGCUCAUUUACAGGGACAGCUGCAGUGAACUUGUGGGUUGCAGAGAAGAAUUGCUAUGACUACAACAGCAAUACUUGUGUUGGGGGACAGUGCUUGCACUAUACUCAAGUUGUGUGGCGAAAUUCAGUUCGUCUUGGGUGUGCUAGAGUUCAGUGCAAUAAUGGGUGGUGGUUUUUCACUUGCAACUAUGAUCCUCCAGGCAAUUAUGAUGGACAACGCCCUUAUUAGUGAAGCUGGAAUUGAGCACCUCUAACUCCUAAGCCUUCACUAAUACUAAGAGAAAAUAAAGAUGAAUAAAGAAUGUAUCGAUCAUAGUAAUAAAAGAUGGUUAUAGUACUCUGCUUUGAGUUGCCACUGAACAUUUAUUUUAGCUUCUCAAAAGUUGUUCUGCACUCCCUUUUACUGUUUUAAAGAAUAUGCAUCUUUUCUCUAA